GUGAAGUCCUCGCUGCCCGCCGACCUCCCGUAGCGCUGCACUGCAGCGACGGCGAGUACCAAGAUUGAAGGGCAGAUGGUUGACAGAAACUGUGUUAAGAGCUCUUUACACAAGUGAAGGAUGGGCACAGUGCGAAAGACUGCCUAACCCCAUCAACCCCGCCAAACGAUUGCAGGCUGGGUCCCUGUCCACCACGACUGUCACCUUUAACCCUCUUGGGAAACCACAGCCUCCACUCCCCGCCCCUCGAACCCUUUGAAGCAGCACUCGCGGGCAGCAUCCCCGUCGAGCCUCCCACCAUCCACCACCAGCAACCAACUUACACCGACUGCAUCUCUGUAUCGCCCAUCUGUCCAUCUCGCUAUCUUGUCGGCAUAUUCCACAUUUCGAGUAGAAAGGAGUCCGGUGUAGUAGUAUUGCCUGAUACCCCAACAGACCAAACCGCUCUGUUCGACACUCAUCAAAGCCCAAUCUCAGUCUCCAGUAACGGUCAAAGUUACCCCACGUCAGGACCGGGAAGCACUCAGAGUGAACGCAUUCCGUCAUCGAGGCUCGGCUCGGAAGACGCCGAAUUCGUCAACCACACAACAGAUCCGUCUCGGCAGACCAAGCUUCCCAUUCGGAUCUGGACUCCGGGCAGACCAUCCGAGUUGUGCUCCCGUGUUCACCACGUGAAUCGGGCAGCCUUCUCGUCAAAGCCCCGCUCCUGGUUCAUCUCCCUACAACAGCAUGCCCGAGUAGCCAGGCCCCAAAGGAAUCCCGUCUUCGAGAACCGGCGUGAUGGAUCCCACCAUCCAGCGCGCCCUGAACGACAAGCUCUAUGAUAAGCGCAAGGUUGGCGCUCUCGAUCUUGAGCGCGUCAUUCGCGAGGUAGUUGCCAAACAGGAUAACGCCAGAAUUGAGGCCAUUCUCGACCAGCUGUGCAACGACUAUGCCUACGCUGUCCACCAGCCCCAUGCCCGCAACGGUGGAUUGAUCGGACUGGCCGCUGCUGCCAUUGCCUUGGGUUCUGAACUCGCCAGAUACCUUGAGGUCAUUGUGCCACCGGUCCUAGCCUGCUUCACAGACCAGGAUGCACGAGUCCGAUACUAUGCCUGCGAGGCCAUGUAUAACAUUGCCAAGGUCGCAAAGGGCGAAAUCCUCAUCUAUUUCAACCACAUCUUCGAUGCCCUCUGCAAGCUUGGUGCCGACUCGGAACUGUCAGUCAAGAACGGUGCCGAGUUGCUCGAUCGUCUCAUCAAAGAUAUCGUCUCAGAAUCAGCAGCAACCUACGUUUCUGUCUUGGAGCAGCCGCCGCCAUACCAAGAGGACGAUAAGGACGUUCUGGAUGACACGAAUGAACUGCCAACGGCCUUCUCCUUGAAGAAGUUUAUACCACUUCUUCGUGACCGCAUUUAUGCCAUCAACCCUUUCACACGGACCUUUCUUGUGGGCUGGAUUAUUCUCCUGGACUCUAUUCCAGACCUGGAGCUUGUCACUUUCCUGCCUGAAUUUCUCGGAGGCCUGUUGCGAUUCCUGAGUGACCCCAACCGGGACGUUCACGUGGCGACGCAGGGCUGCUUGGACAAGUUCCUCAACGAGAUCAAGAGGAUCGCCCGCAUCAAGAAGGGGAUCGCCGAGAGCAAAAAGUCAAAGGGCGAAGGCAAACGGAAAAGAGAGGACUCGGUUGAGAGCGGGAGCAUACGCCCCACUCUCGAAGAAGGCGACGAGGUGGACUCCGAAACGGCAGCCGACGACGAUGAGCUGGAUAGCGAGGAUGACUGGGUUCCAGGCCAAGACGUGCAGAUCAACCACAAGGCGAUUCUGGAGAUUCUGACUGCCACACUUGACUCACCGCUGGGUAAGCCGCCCUUCGACAACGGUCGCCAAAAGACUGCUAAUCUCACCCCGAAUCCAGAAGAAGACGGACUGCUGGAGUCGCUCCGCUGGAUUGUCGAAUUUCUUGACAUCUGCCCGGAGGAGGUACUCCCGUUUACUCCCAAGAUUCUAGCUCAUCUCUUGCCAGCAAUGGCCAGUGGGGUUGAGUCAAUUCGCCAGGCUGCCGCCAGGGUCAACACGUCACUGAUGGACUAUGUCGUUUCACUCUCUGACGAUGCUGAGCUCGCAACCAUUCCGCACCAGCUGUCUAGGAUGCCGCACGGCGAUCGCCAGGACGGAACCACAAGCGCCCGGGCAUCCCUUUCCAGCUCGAGAGAGCUUGAGAUACGAAGUCCCACCCCGGCCACGGGCAAGCCUCUUCCACGGACUCCAACCCCGGGCACGUCUGGGGCUUUGCAGCCACAAGCAGAUCUUGAUUAUGCCGCUGCGGUAAACUCACUAACCCUGCUGUUUUUGAACGACCACGAAGCCACUCGUGUCGCUGCCCUCACGUGGCUCAUCAUGUUGCACCGCAAAGCACCCAGAAAAGUGCUGGCGUUUAACGAUGGCACCUUCCCUGCACUUCUCAAGACACUCUCUGACCCAGCCGAAGCAGUCGUCACCAAAGAUUUGCAACUACUUUCACAGAUAUCAAGAAAUAGCGAAGACGACUAUUUCACCAAUUUUAUGGUAAACUUGCUGCAGCUGUUCUCAACGGACCGGAAGCUUCUCGAGACAAGAGGAAACCUGAUAAUUCGCCAGCUUUGUACCAGCCUCAGCGCGGAACGGAUAUACCGGACGCUUGCGGACUGUAUCGAGAAGGAGGAGGAUGUGGAGUUUGCUAGUAUCAUGGUCCAGAACUUGAACAACAACUUGAUCACGGCACCAGAGUUGGCAGAACUGAGGAAGCGGUUGAGGAAUCUGGAGACGAAGGAUGGACAAACAUUCUUCGUGGCGCUCUUUCGAUCGUGGUGCUAUAACGCUGUGGCAACGUUCUCGCUUUGUCUAUUGGCGCAGGCGUAUGAGCAGGCAUAUAACCUCUUACAAAUCUUUGCCGAGCUUGAAAUGACAGUCAACAUCCUCAUUCAGAUUGACAAGUUGGUGCAGCUCCUGGAGUCGCCGGUCUUUACAUACCUUCGUCUCCAGCUUUUGGAGCCAGAGAAAUACCCGCAUCUGUACAAGUGCUUGUAUGGCCUUCUUAUGCUUCUUCCGCAAUCAUCGGCCUUUGCGGCUCUCAAAAACCGGUUGAACAGUGUUAGUUCCAUUGGGUAUCUGCAUAUUGCGCCGAGACCCAACGCAACAACACCGUCGGUGCCCUCAUUUGAUCGCCCCAACCGAUUGAAGGGCCGGGAAGAAGGCAUCAUCCGUUGGGCUGAGCUCUUGGAGAAGUUCCGGACGGUGCAAGAAAGGGCAAGGCGUCUACAAAGGCUGGGCGCAGACACGGAUGAUUCUCUGUUUGGAGUAGGAGAUCUUAGGAUAGGUGGGGGCGAUGGAACCGGGGACAUGAAGCCGGCGACAGGAAGAGAAGGCGUCGGUACAGGGCCUUCUCGGAAUGCAGGAGGGGGCGGUAGGGACUCUCCGGCCGGCGGAACGAAUAACGCGAACUCGGCACCGUCGAAACCGGAACCGCCGCCAAAGACUAGGACUGGACUGGGGAGACAGCUGGGGAGGUUUGGGGUGGCUGGGCGAGGCAAGCGGAACCCCUGAUCCGAAUCUCUUGUUGCAAGUUGUUUGCCCCGCAUCAACACCCAGCACUACGUGCCUGUCCUUUUGGAACCCGUUUUUGGUUGUCAAUUUUGUUCUGAAGCGAGCAGGCGAGCGCGCGAGUUUGGUUGAUGGCUUUGACUGCUUGGUGCUUGAUUUACAUGAUUUUUUGGUUUUGGGAUUUAUUGGCUUUUUAUUGCAUAGCAAAGUUGGCCUCGUUUUGUUUACUUUAUAUCAUGCAUGCCUUGGUUUGGCUUUUUUUUUUUUUCUUUUUUUUUUUUGGUCCCCUCCUAUACUUGGUCCGUCCUGCCUUUUUGCUUGCUCAGUGCCACACAACAAAAGAAGACAAAAACAUUCAGUGACCAAAGCUCAAGUGAUGAUAUCCUUCUAACAGGUACAAUCUAUCUCUAGACCAUCAACCAACAACGCAAAUAACCCAUUCCCAAGUGACCCAACCCCCCAGACCCCCAUCAUCACAGCAACCGGAUGCUAGUCAAGAAGAGCGCAGUCAUCGUCGGACAGCGACUGAACAGAAACACGAUUACAAACGCUCGCAAAGCCAGACCCGAGCCCGUAGUCAGACUCGUCAGCCGCCGAAUGCGAUACCUGUACAGCAAGCACGGAAUCAGAGCCGGACGCGGGAUUCGGCUGUUCAGAGCGGCGGCGGAGGAGGAGGAGGGAGUUCAAGCAGGAGCUUGAGCCUGACGCGCCACCCGAGCUCGGUCAGGAGCCAGAGCCAAGGGGCUACGACGAGGAGUUACAACCAGCA